AGUCUUUUGCCAUAGGUCAGUGUUGUUCCGACGUUGCUGAGAGACGGCGAUUUAUAAGUUCAAAAAGUGAAUUACCUCCCUGGAAACAACGGCGCAGUGUAUGAAGUAUCAUUGGAGAAAUGGAAAUCGAAUGCGGCAAAAAAAUCUUGGGGAGAGGAGGAUUUGGAAUCGUCUUUGAUGGUUUUUGGGGUCCAAAUCGCAUACCAGUGGCCGUCAAGCGACUUCAGAUUUUGACUCUUGAAAGCAACAAAAAAGAAGAGGAGGCGAGGGGAGAAGAGGCACUCUUAAAAUUAAAGCAUCCAAACGUCAUUCAAAUUUAUCACGCCGAAAACGACAAAGACUUCAGAUAUUUUGCGCUUGAACUGUGCGAAGCCUCGAUGGACAAAUUAUUCCUACAAGACGGUCAUCCCCAAAAGUGUUGCAGGCGAAUGCCCCCACGAGAAGAUGUCCUUUACCAAUUAGCCACGGGAUUAGAAUACAUUCACAAAAUGGGAAUGACCCACCGUGACAUCAAGCCACAGAACGUCCUUAUCUGGGUGGAUUCAAAAAAUGGCCUAGUCAUAAUGAAAUGGGCAGACUUUGGACUAAGCAAAAAAGUCAACGAAAGAGGAACUUUUACCUUGAGCGCAAUAAAAGGGACCCAAAAUUGGUUCGCACCGGAACUACUAAAAAUUAUAGAAGAAGGUUUGGAAGAAAGUACAUCGUCUUCAACACGUCAGCGAGGAACUGUGAAGAGCGAUGUUUAUGCUGAAGGCCUCGUCUUCGGUUAUUUCUAUUUAGACGGUGAACAUGUUUUCGGGAAUAUCCACAGCAAAACGAUGAUUAUAUCUAAUAAUAUAAUCAAGAAUAAUCCCGUUAAUAUCAGCAAAAUUCAACCUGCGCACGUUCACGAUCUCAUCGUGAAAAUGUUGGCCAGCGUACCAGAGAAUAGGAUCACUUCUUCAGAUGUCGUUGAACUACUUGCAGAAUAUAGAAAUCAGGUGAAGAAAGUUGUGCAACCUGGCAGCAUGUUGGAAAUUGAUUCCGAAAAGGUUAUAGAAAAGGCAGGUUAUGGGAUCAUCUUCGAAGGGGUCUGGGGAACAACUCGCCUUCCAGUUGCAGUUAAGCGGAUGCAAUUAAUCCACGAACUGGGCAAGAAACAAGAAGAAUUUUGGCUGAGUCUUAGUCACGACAAUGUUGUCAAACUGUUUCACGCAGAAAACGACUCAAAAUUCAGAUAUUAUGCGCUGGAGUUGUGCCAAGCAUCGAUGGAUCAGAUCUUUCUGAAAGACGGGGAUCCCAAAAAAUACGGCGGACCAAAGCCUCAAGCCGAAGAAGCUCUUUACCAGUUGGCUAAUGGACUGGAGUAUAUUCACAAAACGAAACUCAUCCACUGCGACCUGAAGCCCAAAAACGUUCUACUGUUGACAGGAAAUUCGUCUACUGUUGUCAUGAAAUGGACCAGUUUGGGGUUAAGUAAACAAUUCGACGAAAAUGGAACUUGCCGUAUCAAUAAAAUCAAAGGCGGAUUUGAGUGGCAGGCUCCCGAAAUUUUACAAAUGCUCGAAAACGAAGAGAUUAAUCAAUCUGAAAAUCAGGCAACAUUGCUGCGGGAAUACAACACAUUCAAAAGCGAUGUCUUUUCCGAAGGACUCGUUUUCGGAUAUUUUCUUUUAGAAGGACUUCAUCCGUUUGGUUCAAUCGGCUGGAAAAUUCAAGCUAAUAUUAAUAAAUACGAUGCAGUUAACCUGAAUAAAAUCGAACCUUCACCUCUUUCUGAUUUAACUUUGAAAAUGUUGACCCACCAACCGGAGGAUAGAAUGACGUCAUCGGAAGUCGUUGAUAAGUUGAACAUUAUCAGAAACCUUCGAUUUAAGGAAAUGGAAAAGACACUGUUUGAGUUGUGCACAAAUCCAACUCCGAAUUUAAAGGCAAUGGAAAAUUUAGUGAACCAAGGCAUCAGCGUCAAUUGCCGCAAUCAACAAGGAUUAACUCCACUGCUGCAAUUAUUAGCCAACGGGGAAGCGUAUCAUAAAGAAAAUUUUGUCGACAUUAUUCGCUAUUUUGUAGCAAAGGAUAUCGACUUGAAUGUUGAAAACGCGUACGGAGAAAAUGCCCUUCUCAAACUGAUUGUUCAGUAUCCAAAAGACGAUUUGAUCGAAAUUGUUAAACUCUUCAUCGACAACGGCAUCGACAUUAAUUGCAAAAACAAAUACGGCACUAACAUCCUGCAUUAUUUGUGCGAGUACUAUUUGCACGACAAUUUAAUCGACAUCAUUCAACUUUUGAUCGAAAAGGGUGUUGAAAUCAAUCGCAUUCACGAUUACGGAUACAACGCUUUGCCCGUGUUGUGUCGCAAUUACAACAAAGAUAAUCUGUUUGACGUGGUCAAACUUUUGAUUGAAAACGGAAUCGAAGUCCACUGCAACCCAAACAACGACGGUAAUGCCCUCAACAUCGUUUGUCGAUAUUAUAAGAAAGACAACAUGAUUGACAUCAUCCAACUUCUAAGCUCGAAAAAAGGAGGUGAACUUAAUGGCAGCAGUUUACCAAAUGGUUCACCGACAAAAGCAACUAAAAGAAGACACGAUUGACCUACUUUUUAAAAUAAAUAACGCCACUUUGUUUUAACAAAUAACGCCACUGUGUAACGAACCUUUUGGAUUCGUUAGCAAACUUUUUCGUUAUUUGUUGAAAUUAGCGGCUUAUCAAUAUUCGUCCUCAAAGCCCUUAGCUGUCGCUUCAUUGCUUUCCCACCUAUUUGCUUGGAGGGAAUUCCCCUUUUUCUUUGGGAAUUCCCAUUUUCGUACACUACGAGAUGUUUUGCAAAAAACUUUAUUCUCUCAGUGGAGGGGGGCGUCAAUGCCAUGUAGAACCCCUGCAGGGAUAAUCAUAAAGUUAAGUGAAAAUUUCACUGUGUGAAGGUUUUUCUUUAUUUCAAUUGCUAGUCAGUGUUCUGCAAAUGUGGAGUCUGAUAGACUGCACAAUACAUUUUAAUGGAAAUCUGA